AUGGGGUCACAUAUCGGUAGUGACCAAGAGAUCGUUGUCGACUCCGCUGUCAACAAGAACAAGGGCAAAGGCCUGCGCUUCUAUAUCAUCAUCGCCACACUUUGUUUUCUCAGUGUUCUCAGCGCCCUAGAGAAUACAGUUGUCACCACGUCUCUGCCUAGCAUUGCAAAAGAGCUCGAGCUGGGCAACAGCUAUGUCUGGGUGACCAACGUCUUCUUCCUAACUGCUGCCGUCGUUCAACCGUUAUUCGGCCAAUUAGCUGAUAUCUUUGGCCGAAGAUGGAUUACCAUGUUGACGAUUGUUCUUUUCGUGCUAGGCAGUGGACUGUGCGGAGGUGCUACCAACGGUGCCAUGCUCAUCGUUGGCCGAGCCUUCCAAGGAAUGGGAGGUGGUGGCCUGAACACGCUUCCUAAUAUUAUCGUCUCAGACCUCGUGCCAUUGAGAGAAAGAGGGAAAUACGUCGCUUGGUUCCUCACGACAUAUUUUAUUGGUAUUGCCAUUGGACCAUGGGUCGGCGGUGCCAUUGUUGAUUCAACCACCUGGAGAUGGGUGUUUUAUAUCAACCUCCCGAUUGGCGGUGUGUCCAUGAUCAUGGUAUUUUUUUUCCUCCAGGUCCAGUACGACAAGGAGAUGGCUUUUAUGGAAAAGCUCCGCCGUAUCGACUACGGAGGGAACUUCCUACUCAUCGGCGCAUCGGUUUCUAUCCUCUUCGGUCUAACAUAUGGAGGAAACCUACAUCCCUGGGGCUCAUAUCAGAUUCUUGUACCCCUCUUCGUUGGCCUCGCAGGUAUUGGUGCCUUCAUACUCUUUGAAAACACUAAAUGGGUCAAGGAGCCCGUCUGUCCGCCCCAUCUUUUCAGUAACCGUACGUCUGCCGUCGUGAUGAUCGUAACCUUCACCAGCUCCGCCCUUUUGUACUGGGUAUAUUUCUUCCUGCCCGUCUAUUUCCAGGCCGUACGUAUGAGCUCUCCCUCAACAGCUGGACUCCAGGUCUUGCCAUCAGUCGUUGUUUCUGUGCCUGCCUCGAUAGCCUCUGUGCUAUUACUCACACACUUCGGAAAGUAUAAACCAAUUCAUCUUGCGGGUUUUGCGGCUCUCACGUUAGGUUUAGGACUAUUUAUCCUCCUAGACCGAACUACACCCACGGCGGAAUGGGUGAUAUUUCAAAUUAUCAACUCUCUCGGUAAUGGAAUUAUCAUGAACACUCUGCUUCCCGCCUGCCAGGCUGCCUCCCAGCGAACCGAGUCCGACCAAGCCGCCACGACGGCUGUGUGGUCAUCUAUUCGCUCUUUCGGCAGCAUCUGGGGUGUCGUCGUGCCCGCAGCAAUCUUCAGCAAUGCCUUUGGACAGCGAGCCGAUCGCAUAGCCGACACCGCUACUCGUGAGUUGAUCCUCAAACAGUUUCACUCCGGUAAUGCAUACGCAGAUGCCACUGCUGCAUUCCUCGAAACGCUCGAUCCGAGGACGAGGAGCGAGGUAAUAGGCGUGUACGAUGAAUCGUUGCGGUUUAUGUGGCAGAUUUCAUUGGCAUUGGCUGGGUUUUCCUUUUUACUUAUCUUCAUAGAGAAGGAGAUUGUGUUGAAAACAGAUCUUGAGACCAAGUACGGUUUGACGGAGAAGCAGGAUAUUGAGGGGGCAGAGAGCGCAAGUUCAUAA